GAGGAAGGGGCGCGGAGGCCGCCAUCUUGGGUUGCUUGGCUGUUCGCCGCAGACCGGCUGCAGGCCGAGAGUCCACCCUGUGCUGUCCCCAGCCGAGGUCACCGCGGGAGAGUGCAAGGAAGGGCUCGGGAGAGCACCGCGUGGAUGGAUUCAAUGGCUAGUCCUGGGAAGGAUAACUGCAGAAUAAAAAGUUACAAGAACAAAGCCUUAAAUCCUCAAGAGAUGCGAAGGCGAAGAGAAGAAGAAGGAAUACAACUUCGAAAACAAAAACGGGAAGAACAGUUGUUCAAACGCAGAAAUGUCUCUUUGCCCAGAAAUGAUGACUGUAUGCUAGAGAGUCCCAUCCAGGAUCCAGAUAUCAGCUCUACUGUACCCAUUCCAGAGGAAGAUAUGAUCACGGCAGACAUGAUUCAGAUGAUUUUCUCUAAUAAUGCUGAACAGCAGCUGACUGCAACACAGAAAUUUAGAAAACUGCUUUCUAAAGAACCCAAUCCACCAAUAGAUCAAGUUAUACAGAAACCAGGAGUUGUACAGAGAUUUGUGAAAUUUCUUGAAAGAAAUGAAAAUUGUACUUUACAAUUUGAAGCUGCCUGGGCAUUAACCAAUAUAGCAUCUGGAACUUUUCUGCAUACCAAGGUAGUGAUUGAAACCGGGGCUGUUCCAAUUUUUAUCAAACUUCUCACUUCAGAACAUGAAGAUGUACAGGAACAGGCUGUUUGGGCACUUGGUAACAUUGCUGGUGACAAUGCAGAAUGCAGGGAUUUUGUUUUGAAUUGUGAAAUACUUCCACCUCUUUUAGAGUUAUUAACAAAUUCAAACAGACUUACAACCACCAGAAAUGCUGUAUGGGCCCUCUCAAAUUUAUGUAGAGGCAAAAAUCCUCCUCCAAAUUUUAGUAAGGUUUCACCUUGCUUAAAUGUCUUGUCACGGUUGUUGUUUAGCAGUGAUCCAGAUGUGUUAGCAGAUGUGUGCUGGGCCCUUUCUUAUCUCUCUGAUGGACCCAAUGAUAAAAUUCAAGUAGUCAUUGAUUCUGGAGUCUGCCGAAGAUUGGUGGAACUUCUGAUGCACAAUGACUAUAAAGUUGUAUCACCUGCAUUAAGAGCAGUUGGUAAUAUUGUAACUGGUGAUGAUAUUCAAACACAGGUCAUUUUGAAUUGUUCUGCAUUGCCCUGCCUUUUACAUUUGUUGGGUAGUCCAAAGGAGUCAAUUAGAAAGGAAGCCUGCUGGACCAUUUCUAACAUCACUGCAGGAAACAGAGUGCAGAUCCAGGCUGUCAUAGAUGCAAGUAUUUUCCCUGUUUUGAUUGAGGUCCUUCAGAAAGCAGAAUUUCGUACCAGAAAAGAAGCAGCAUGGGCUAUAACUAAUGCCACAUCAGGAGGCACUCCAGAGCAAAUAAGGUAUUUGGUAACCUUGGGCUGCAUUAAACCACUUUGUGACCUUUUGACUGUCAUGGACUCCAAAAUAGUUCAAGUGGCUUUGAAUGGACUUGAAAAUAUAUUGCGUCUUGGAGAACAAGAAUCUAAGCAGAAUGGAGUUAGCAUCAAUCCCUACUGUGCUCUCAUUGAAGAAGCAUAUGGCUUGGAUAAAAUAGAGUUUCUACAAAGUCAUGAAAACCAGGAAAUUUACCAGAAGGCUUUUGAGCUAAUUGAACAUUAUUUUGGUGUAGAAGAUGAUGAUCCCAGUAUUGUACCUCAGGUGGAUGAAAACCAGCAACAGUUUGUAUUUCAGCAGCAGGAGGCACCAAUGGAAGGGUUUCAACUCUAACAGGUGGUGGGGAAAAUGACUGACAGAAAUGAGUAACUUCUGAUAGCUCUUCAACAUGACUAGUCCUGGUAGAAAGGUUUUUAUACAAUACAGGAAGGAGAAAAUCAAAUGCACUUUUAAAAGCAAAUAUGAAAGUCUCCAUUCAGAUGCACUGGUUUUGUUUUGUUUUUUAUAGAUUUCUGUUUGUUGUUUUGGUUAUUUGUUUUGAUGUAGCUGUAUUUGUCUUCUGUUGUUUGGAUUUUUGUAUCUGUUUGUGAAUAUACAUUAUGCAAAUAUUUCAUUCAAGCUUGAAAAGGAGAACGUGGUGAAUAUUACAUAAUGGUUCUGAACUUUUCAGGGGUUCUUGAAGACUGCAACAAUAACAGUGCUGUGAAUAUUGAUAAUUGCAUUUUGUCAAUAAGACUGACAAUGCCCAAUCUUUACUAAAUCUACCUCUGUAUUGAAGCAAAUGUAAAAACAGAAAGCUUCAGAAGCAUGAAAUCAUGUAAGAGCCGAAUUAGAUUGUGAUAAUCUUUAUUACUUUAGAUUAUAAAUCACUGUGCUGUAGGUUAUACUUCACAAACAAUUGCAACAGAAAACCUUAAAAAAGGUUUUAUGGAACUGAUGUAUUGAUGGAUAAAAUAUGGCAGUUAUGAAGAGAGAAGCUGUUCAUGUUGAACACAAUACAAACCUAUAAAAUAAUUGUCUGUGUUGUUCACAUACAAUACUAUUAUUCUAGUAUAUCUUAUAUUUUAUCCAGAGAUGCUACCCUCUUUGUAAUAAUAGUAUGUAUUUUCACUCUUCUUUUUAAAGAAGACCGUGACAGACAGGUGAUCAUGAAUCUAAUGUAGUGCUGCAUACCUAAAACUGUAAUUAUUUCCUCUGAUUUUUCAGAAGAUCUCGAAACAUUUUAUUCUUUGUAUAAUAAUGGACUCGAAUACUUGAUUGGUAAAAGUAUCCUGAAGAAAUCACCUUGUUAUGUAUUAAAUAUUGUUAAAUGCAUUUAACGUUUCGACUAAAUGAGUGAUGUUAAUGAUAACUGCUAAGGAUUAUUUAAUGUGUAGAAGUCUAUAUUAGGAAUCUUCAUUUUGGUGAUGCACAACAGGUCAUACUGCUGCUGAUUAUGAACUAAGAGGAAGAUGACGUCUGCGUCAGAUUGGUCAUUUAUGCUUUAGAAGUUAACAGCAAAAAGUCACUUGAAAUAUGAAAGUCUAGAGGUUUUGAUAGAAAAUUUAUAUUUAUUUACAUAUGUGUGUGUUAUUCCCAUAGAACUGUGCUUGGUAGAAUUUUCUAAGCAGAUAUGGUAUUGUUGAACUCAAUUUUUUUUUAUUUAUAAUUGUACACAGGUUAUGUAUUUAUUCAGUUAUAUACUUAAGAAUGCUUAUGUAAAACCUAAAUUACAACUCUUGUAAGAUGGGAACUAAAACAAUUUUUGAUAUGAUUCAUAGUUUAUUCUGUAAAGAAAGAUUCAUUUAUGAUAGCAUUUGUAAUGUUUCUGCUGGGAAUCAGAGGCAUGUGAUAUAAGGAAGUGUAUAUAGGAGUGCUUUUAAAUAGUAGGACACUCUGUAAACUAUUUAUCAUGAAUCUAAGCUUUUGGCAAGACACUUAAACCCCACAACCAUGAAAUGUAGGUUUAAAUGGUUUCCAUAGUGCUGACUGCAUCUGUCAGUCCUUUUAUUACCAUUAAGUAGAGGAUUGUGUCUCUCUUUUUUAUUAUAAUGGAAGUUAUAGAGUUAAGUAUAAAAACUUUUCCUUUUACAUUAUGUACGUUUAAAGAAACAAGGUAGUGAUAUACAAAUUACCAAAUUGAUGGGUGAAUUUAACAAAUAAACACUGUUUUAUGGUGCCGGUGUUUUUAAGUAUAAGAUGACAGGGUAUUUGACUAUUUAUAAUCAGUUGUUGAUCAGCAUAAUUCAAGCUUAGCCAGCUGUGCCUGCUUUGAGGAUGCAGUAGUCACUGUAGCAAGCCUCUAAGCCAAAGCUUCCAAAAAAUAGUUGUUAUAGAAGAAAUUAUAUGUGUGUGUAUAUAUAAUAUACUUAUAUAUUAUAUAUGUGUGUACAUAUAUAUGUGUGUAUGCAUGCACAUAUAUGCAGAUAUAUAUACAUAUACAUACAUAUAUAUAUGCUUGCAGGCACAUAGGAUGAGUGAUCUAUCAAAGGCGAUAUUAGAACUUACCAGUGGGACAAAUGUUGAAUUUCUAAGUGCAGAGCUUGGUCAUACUUUGAAUAUUUAAGUACAAAUUUAAUUUCUUGGAUUAGAUUUGAAUGGAAAGGUCCAUUUUAAAGCCUAAUUCCUUUUGUUGGACUAAAAUUAAAAGCCAGCUCUGUAAGAGUAUCAUUUAAAAUGCUCCAACGUUUGUUUUCAUCAUCAUUGUCCCUUGUGACACAACUCAAUAAGUUGCUUUUUUAAGAUUUGUGACACAUGUGAUAGAUACUGUGCCAAAUAAAAUAAAUGUAGGACAUUAAUGCAAACACCAAGAAAAAUCCCUGAGUCUAUUUAGCUAAAUUUAAUUGAAUUUACUUGAACUUGAAUUUCUACUGAUUGAACUAUGCAAUCACACUUACUGUUUUAUAAAUACUUCAUGCACUGGUCUCGGAUUUUUUUUUUUUUUUUUUUUUUGAGUGUGUGCGUUGUUUUCCUCUGUUGUAAGUUUUAAUUUGAAAGAUUUUUCUAACCUAAUUUUUAGUGUUCUUCUAGUGUUAUCUGUCACUGGUAGCAUCAAAACAGGGUAUUUUGAUUUUUGUUUUUAAAGUAAAUCUGCUGGCACAAAAAUAGCUUCUCAUUUGGUUUCUGUAACCUAUUUGCAGUGAAAGAUGGACUCACAGGGUGAAGAACUAACAAAGCAUUUACCUCUGCUUUGGUAGAUUUUUUUCUUCUUUAUAAAGGAGUAUUAUAGAAAAGAUAAACAUAAAAAUGUCUUUGUGGGUUUUGUUAGUGUUGUAAAUCCAGCAAUCUACUGGUUGCUUAAUUGUGAUACUGUGAAGUAAAUGAACUGUUCUUUUCCGUACAUAGCAAGCACUGCUGCUUUCUGAACUGUGGCAGACAUUGCUGUUAGGAGCCAAUACAUUAGGACACUAAAAUACUGUUGUCUCCCUGAUAGGAAAGCGAGAUGGGAUGAGACACGAGAUGAGACCAGAUGAGGCGAGAUGAGGCGGUUCUCACGUAACUAAAUAAACAGACAUUUGAGCAUUAUGCAAGAUUAUGUGUGAAAUGUUACGCUCUACUAACCACAAUAAAAUACUAUUUUACAAUUGCA